AUGCUGAGCGAGUAUGCAGUGGUCACUACCAGGAUGAACGCGGUGCAAAUCCGAAAAGGUACCCACAACGCGAACAAGCGUUGCCGCACUGCAAUAUGGGGGAUUUUUGCAAGUGAAAAACUGGGGUGUGCACAAAGCAAGCAAGAAAGAGAGGAAAGACAAGGAGAUGUUGUUGUGAUGGGACGUUAUAUCAGAAAUCCUUAUGUGGGUAAAGAAGCAGCUUCGUCACAGCAAGUAAAUGAGGAAUGGUUGGAAAGGGCAGUAAAGAUUGUUGCUGACCAAAUCAUCAAUCGAGAAUUUGAUAGUGAAGAAAUGGACGAUGUUGGGCCAUACACGGGACUUUCUGGAGUCGCAUUUGCCUUAAACAAGGCUGCUCCUACAGUUGGCUCAAAGGCAGUCUCUACUGCUGAACAGUGCUGGAACUAUUGCGAUCGAGCGUCGAAGAGAUCUUCGAGAAAACCUCGUUUUCUAUGUGGCGAUCUCGGGGUUUACGUCACUCAGAUGACAAACUCGGACAUGAGGCAGUCUUUAAUCGCGAAAAUAGAAGAUGUUGCUGAUGUGCUCGCUAGGGACGAUUAUCCCAGUGAUGAAAUGCUAGUGGGACGAGCUGGUUACCUUAGCGGCGUAAUGUGGAUCAGAACUACAAUAGAUUCUUCUCUGGUCUCUAACGAUUGUGUGCAGAAGGUUCUGUCCGCCAUGUUGCGUUCAGGAAGGAAUUAUUCGAUGCAGAGAAGAUCUCCAUGCCCAUUGAUGUAUGAUUAUCAUGGUACGGAAUAUUUGGGGGCUGCCCACGGUCUUGCUGGUAUCCUGCAAAUGGCUCUUGGGUUCUACGAUUUCCUUUCGGAUAGCGAAGAACGCGCGGUACGAGAGAGUGCUGAUUGGUUGAUGUCAACUCAAGAUGACGAAGGAAAUUUCGCUAGUAGUGUGAAGUGGAUUGGAAGAGAGCGAGGUGAUGAUCAGCUGGUACAUUGGUGUCACGGAGCCUCUGGUGUCAUACUACUGUGUUUGACGCUAUGGAAACGAUAUGGGGAUGAGAAGUACCUCAAAGCUGCUCUGCGGUGCGGUGAUCUCAUCUGGGUGAAAGGCGUGCUGAAAAAGGGGCCUGGCAUAUGUCAUGGUGUGGGAGGGAAUGGUUACGCUCUCUUGAUGCUCUAUCGGGCAUGUGGAGACGAACUAUGGUUGCAACGCGCUCGAUGUUUCGCUUUGCUGCUUUUGGAUAAGAAUGUCAGAGCUGCUCAAAGAACUCCAGACUCACCAUUCAGUCUCUUUGAAGGUUUAUCGGGAGCUCUUUGCUUUCUCGUUGAUCUAUUGCCAGAAAAUAUUGACAGAGCACAAUUUCCAUUGUAUCCGGUUCCAUUUUAAUUGUCAAAUAAUCAAUGUGUAGUUGACUCGUUGACCGCACGGACUGGACAUCACUGCUACGCAGUGCGCCGUGAGGUAAAGCGCUGCCCCGGUACAAAUACUUCAUUAUACAAGUCAUGCUUUCG